UGGAAAAUGAAACCGAAGAGCCGCAAACGGAGAAAAGACUAAAGAGUCGAAAUUCCAAAGUCAAUCCUGUAUGUAACGAUCGGAGAAAGAAGGAAGAUUAAUUCUCGAUAUGUGAAGGGGGAACCUUUGACUGGCGUGGUUCUAAUUUUGAUAGAACACAUGGAGUCUUGCAAUUGUAUCGAACCACAGUUGCCCCCAGAUGAAUUGCUGUCCAAGUAUCAAUAUAUUUCAGAUUUUUUCAUUGCUCUUGCUUAUUUCUCGAUCCCAUUGGAGCUCAUCUACUUCGUAAAGAAAUCCGCUGUGUUUCCAUAUAGAUGGGUUCUUGUGCAGUUUGGUGCUUUUAUAGUCCUCUGCGGGGCUACUCAUCUUAUUAACUUAUGGACCUUCACCAUUCACUCCAGAACUGUUGCCAUUGUGAUGACAACGGCAAAAAUUUUGACGGCAGUAGUUUCUUGUGCAACUGCCCUCAUGCUUGUGCACAUUAUUCCUGAUCUUUUGAGUGUUAAAACUAGAGAAUUAUUUCUCAAAAACAAGGCUGCAGAGUUGGAUAGAGAAAUGGGUCUUAUCCGGACUCAGGAAGAGACAGGGAGGCAUGUCCGGAUGUUGACUCAUGAAAUCAGAAGCACUCUUGACCGGCACACUAUACUGAAGACCACUCUAGUUGAACUGGGUAGGACGUUAUCAUUGGAAGAAUGUGCCUUAUGGAUGCCAACACGUACUGGUUUGGAGCUCCAGCUUGCCUACACUCUAAGGCAGCAGAAUCCUGUUGGAUAUACUGUACCCAUCCAUCUGCCUGUAAUUAAUCAAGUAUUUAGUAGUAACCGGGCUGUGAAAAUUUCUCCCAAUUCGCCAGUGGCUAGACUAAGGCCUCUUGCUGGAAAGUACCCUGGAGAGGUGGUUGCUGUCCGGGUGCCACUCCUCCAUCUCUCUAAUUUUCAGAUUAAUGACUGGCCCGAGCUUUCAACCAAGCGCUAUGCUUUGAUGGUCUUAAUGCUACCCUCAGAUAGUGCAAGGCAGUGGCAUACCUAUGAGUUGGAGCUUGUUGAAGUAGUUGCCGAUCAGGUGGCUGUUGCUUUGUCACAUGCUGCGAUCCUAGAGGAGUCAAUGAGGGCAAGGGAUCUACUUAUGGAGCAGAAUGUUGCCCUUGAUCUUGCUAGGAGGGAGGCAGAAACAGCUAUUCGUGCCCGCAAUGAUUUCUUGGCUGUGAUGAACCAUGAGAUGAGAACUCCUAUGCAUGCAAUUAUAGCACUUUCCUCCUUGUUACAGGAAACUGAGCUAACACCGGAGCAGCGGCUUAUGGUUGAGACAAUUUUGAAGAGUAGUAAUCUUUUGGCUACUCUAAUAAAUGAUGUGCUAGAUCUAUCGAGGCUUGAAGAUGGAAGCCUUCAACUUGAUCUUGGAAGUUUUAAUCUUCAUUCUGCUUUCAGAGAGGUUAUCAACUUGAUUAGGCCUAUUGCUUCAGUUAAAAAAUUGGUGGUUACCUUGCAUUUGGCUCCAGAUCUACCUGAAUAUGCCACUGGCGAUGAAAAACGCCUUAUGCAAACCCUCCUUAAUGUUGUUGGUAACGCUGUCAAGUUCUCAAAAGAAGGGAGUAUCUCAAUAACUGCUUUUGUUGCAAAGGCGGAGUCUUUAAGAGAUCCUAGAGCUCCUGAUUUCUUUCCAGUACCUAGUGAUAAUCACUUCUUUUUGCGUGUACAGGUAAAAGAUACAGGCUCGGGAAUAAAUCCUCAAGAUUAUCCUAAGCUGUUUACCAAAUUUGCGCAAAGUCAGUCUUUGGCAACCAAAAAUUCUGCUGGCAGUGGACUUGGCCUUGCAAUUUGUAAGAGGUAUCACAUGCUUGUGAUCAGGUUUGUAAAUCUUAUGGAUGGACAUAUAUGGCUUGAAAGUGAGGGCUUGGGUAAAGGCUGCACUGCAAUAUUUAUGGUCAAGCUUGGGGUCACAGAGUGCUGUACUGAGUCUAAGCUGCCUCCUGCAACUAAUGCAUCAAUGAACCAUGCUCAAACUGCCUUUCCUGGACUCAAAGUUAUGGUGAUGGAUGACAACGGUGUUAGCAGAAUGGUAACUAAAGGACUUCUGGUGCACCUGGGAUGCGAUGUGACAACUGUGAGUUCAGGAGACGAGUGUUUGCGAUUGAUCUCCCAAGAUCACCAUGUGGUAUUCAUAGAUGUAUGCAUGUAUGAUGGCUAUGAGGUUGCUCUUCGUGUGCAUGAAAAGCUCACGAAGCGCCACGAGAGGCCUCUAACGGUGGCCCUGACUGCUAACUCGGAUAAAGCGACCAAGGAUCACUGUCGGAGAGUUGGCAUGAAUGGGGUUGUGCUAAAACCCGUCUCUGUUGAUAAAAUGAGGACUGUUUUGUCCGACCUUCUGGAGCACCGGAAUUUGGUAUAAAAGGCCAGCCAGGUAAGCUGUAGGGGGGAAAUGAGGGAACAUUUGAGGUAUGUUGUAUACUUGUAUUACUGUGUACGAUUUUAGUACGAGUAUGUAUAUAACAUGUAUUGAAGCGGAGCAUCGCUUUGAAGCCAUUCAUUGUACGAUGACCCAGAAUUGGAUUGAUUGUAACAAGUGGGAUGGGGUUUUUUCCCCCAUGAUUUUCCUCAUUGGUAACUUAAAGCUGAAUCUGCUGCACUUGGGCUAGUUGUGAAGAAACUGCUGAGCAUGUGUUACUCUCCAUUCGCCUUGGUUCACUUUAAGUUUAUAAUACUUCUCAGUUGUUCCAGAGCAUUGUUCAUCUCUAUCUCUGGUUUAAAGAAGCGGACCCGUGCUAGCCUGCUAGGGUCUGGUACUUAUAGGAAAAUUGUGUUGUUAAUGCUUAGUAAAUUUAUUCAGUACCAUUGAGAGGAAGGGCGUUAAUUAUGAAUUAGCUUGUACCUACCUAUGUCAUUUUUUUUCAUUUUUCAACUUUACGUAAUCCUUACAAAUAUAUUAUGUAUGCUUUUGAUUUAUGG